UCCACGGCAGGGUUUCCUUAUUUACAGUAGACUGUAGCUGAGACUGGACGAAGUUUUCUGAAUAUGACGGACCAGAAAGCUCAGAACAUUAGCUCUAUCCCCAUCGAUGGGUUCAGCAACUUAAGAAUUACAUCGAUAUGGACGUUUCUCAUGUCUGUGCAGUGGUCGGAGCCUUGGCUCAUCGGGUUGUUGGUGUUUCAUGUUGUGUGUUUGUUCCUGACAGUGGUGACGUGCAGAUACUACAGAGCUCAGAUAUGCCACUUUGUCCUCAUGGCUGGCCUUGUGUAUAGCGCCGAAUAUCUGAAUGAGUUUGCAGCCAUGAACUGGAGGUCUUUCUCCAAGUUCCAGUACUUUGACUCAAAGGGCAUGUUCAUAUCUUUGGUCUACUCCAUUCCUCUUCUUCUAAACACGGUCAUUAUUGUGAUGGUGUGGAUUUACAGGACCUUUUCAACUAUGACUGAACUCAAGACACUUCAGCUGAAGCGAAAGGCGAGCAGAGAAAAGAGAGAGAAGAAUGACUGAUCUCUUUUCUUGUGUCCUAAAAUGGGCCUCAUUGGGAGGAAUUAAGAUAAAGAAGUGUCUCUGCCAUGCUAAUCCUACAUUUUGGAAAAGGAAGACAGAUUCCUUCUUGUGACUAUAACAGGAUUUUCUAUUGAUGUCGGUCAGGACUGGUAAAGAACAAUGUUGCAGAAUUUAUUGUACAUAAUGACAUUUAUAGGACCAAAUGGCAGUUACUGCUUUGUAUUUAAUGUUUUUAAGUGUGCUAAGAUUAAACACCCAGUGUUUUUUGA